UUCUGAGCUUUCUGAGCUAUUUUGAGUAGCUUUCAAUGGAAUUGGAGGGUUUACCCUCGGGCUACCGUCCCAACGUUGGAAUCUGUCUAAUCAACGAUGAUAAUCUGGUGUUUGUGGCUUCAAGAUUGAAUGCUCAUGGAUCAUGGCAAAUGCCACAGGGAGGCAUUGAAGAUGGAGAAGAUCCACAAUCUGCUGCAAUUAGAGAAUUGCGCGAAGAAACUGGAGUAGUGUCAGCUGAAGUGAUUGCAGAGGUCACUGAAGUUUCUGUUCCACAGUGGUUGCACUAUGACUUCCCACCUGCUGUGAAAGCCAAGGUGAGUCGUCUUUGGGGCAAAGAAUGGGAUGGACAGGCACAGAAAUGGUUUCUUAUGAGGCUUGUUAAAGAUGAGAGCGAGAUUAACUUAGCAACCGGUGAAGCAAAGCCAGAAUUCUCAGAGUGGAAAUGGGCAAGUCCUGAAGAAGUCAUUGAAAAGGUAGUUGAAUAUAAAAGGCCAACGUAUGAGGAAGUUUUCAGAAACUUCCGACAUCAUUUCUAUGAUAAUGGAAACUCUGCUUAAUGCCAAUCAACCAAGUGAGUGUUGUGGACAUGAUCUGAGCUUGUUUGGUCUCUUUGUAAAUGAAAAUGGUGCUUGCAACAAAGACCAGUCUUUAUGAUGUUAAAUGUGAUCCUAUUAGGGGAAGUUCUUGCCAUUAUAUAGUAUUGUUGGUUAUGUAGUAAAUUUCACUUUUAGUUUAUAGGAAAGUAGUAACAAUUUACUUUACAUUAUAUUGCGCUGUAAAUGUCAUUUUUAAUUGUAUCUUAAAAUAACAAUAUUUUAGUUUUUCAUGUCA